AGAUACCCAUGCCUUUCAGGCUUUCACUUCCUAAAAACCAAGGAAAUCUGCAAUAACAAUAUUAAAUUCCCUUUAGAUAUAAUGUAAAUAUUUUAUUUCAUUUUCUCAUCUCAAAACUGUACUAUUUAUUUAUCAAUCUCUCGUAUGGCCAUAUGGGAAAGAAAUGAUUGACUCCAGAGGCAGGGAUGAAAGAGAGAGAGAGAGAAGUACAUAGAAUAAGGUGUGAUUCCACAUGUUGACAAAUUUCAAGUCAUUGUUCUUUGCAAACAACACUUGUUCAUGUUUGUGUCUGCGCAGGGAAAAAGAUCUUAUCUUGGAUCUCUCUCUCCUCUCUCUCUCUCUCUCUCUCUCAUGUUGUUGAAGGUGCUGAUUGAUCAAGAAUUUAAUUUGUGGGUGUUGUGAUCUUUUUCUUUUAUUUUGAAGGUUCUCCAAUGGCAGCACAAAGAUUCCAUCUUUGGACAUGGGGUCCUUAAAUUCUUGUCCUUUUUAGUGCAGAGAAAUUCCAUCUUGUGAAAGCGAAUUCAUCUCUGUAGCUUUCUGUCUACUGCUUUAUUUCUGGCUAAAUUUUUGACUCUCUGGAUUUUGGAAAAUCAGAAAAGGAUUCCCAGUUUGAGAGGAAUGGGAACAAAGAUACAAUCUAAUCCGUUUCUGCGGGAAUAUCACUCUGUCAUUGACCUUGAUGCAAGCACAAGCAAUGCAACGAGAUCUUCGUAUUAUGAAAACGGGAAACUGCAGAAUGGAACGAAUCCAGACUCAAUAAUGUCUUUUGACAUAGAGAAAGUGAAGCAGACGAUUCUCGAGCAUGAAUCAGUUUUCAGAAACCAGCUCGGAGAACUGCACCGCCUUUAUGGAAGGCAACGGGAGCUGAUGAACGAGAUCAAAAGGAGAGGAAUGAACAAAGAUGAAGUUGUGGAAGAAAAGUUUAGAUUGAGCUAUUUGCUCUCUCCCUUCCCUACUGAAAACGCGAAGAGAUCAUGGAAUCCCUCACAUAACACCAUUUUUCGUGGUGGAACAUAUAACCUCGGAUUUCAAGAAAGAUUUUCUAAGUUUCCCGUUGCUGAGAGCACCUCUGAGAAAAGGAACCAUCUGGCAGCAUGUGAUGGAGACGAUAAAAACUCUCUUUGUGCUGUUCAGGCAUCUCAACACGGUGCCAAUGCCUUGACAUUUGGUUUGUACAACAGAAACGGUUAUCCAGGAGACGAAAGGAUAAUUAACCCAAGAAAUGGAGUUUCUGAUAGGCUCGUGCUGUCAAGGGCAGAAAUAUCUGGGAAUUCAUGUUCGAACCUCAAUCUUGUCACGAAAGAUUUCUUCCACGGUUCACUAGAUAUAAUGAAUAAGGAAGGCUCACUGAGUAUUCGCGGAUUGAGGAACGAGAGGAGCGGAAAAGAGCAUCUGUCUGAUGACUAUGCUGUUAAUUCUCCAGAGAAAAGGAGAAUCGACAAACAUUCUUCAUUGGGAGACCUCUCCUCUGGAAAGUCGGUGGCGUUUCCUCAAUCCCUAUUGGUUGAGCCACGAAAAGAAUUUUCAAAUAGCACAUCACUCUCUCGGAAGAAAAAGAAGAUAUUUGGAGUUGAAAUUUCUGAAGGAAAUGAUGAUGCACUUGAUUCGAUUCCUAACAUGUCAAGUAAUUUGGACCGAAGAGCUGGAACUCGUGAAGAGAAUCACCGCGUUCCCACCUCGUUGAUUGCUGAUUCAUUCAUGCAAAACCUUGGUCUUCAUGGAGCAAAUCGGAAUGAGGGCAACAAUGAGAGAUCAAAGGCAGAAUCAAAAGGUGAAAUAUCGAGCCAGGAAGGAUUGUCGUGUCAUUCUGGUACGAAAGGGAAAUGGUUGGAUAGUGAUUCCAAAAUAGACUUCAAGAAUGUGGAUAACUCGAACAUGGCUGCAGAAGCCUCUAAGAAGUCACGAGAGAUGAUUCCUCAACGUCGUAUUCUUUCAGACUGUGAAAGAAACCAGGACAAUCCUAAAGGAUCAUUGCCAUGGUUUCUUAGAGAUUCCCAAGUAAGUACUGACCUCGAUAACGGGGCGAGGAGUUCCUAUUUUAUGAAUCUUGACUCGUUGCAAAGCCAUUCCCAUAAGUUCUUCGCUAAAGUUGAGAUGCCCGAUGGUGCCUUGCUGACUUCAAAUCAGAAGAAGGAAGUCAAGGGUCGUGAUUCUAGUGAAAAUCUUGGAAUGAAAGAUGGUGUUUUAGAUAAAGGAUUGAAUGGCUACAUAUCUGAUCUGAGGCAUUGCAUCGACUUGAACUUGUCUUUGGACGAGGAGGGUGCUCCGUCUGCACCCUCUCUCCCGUCAGCUAUCGUGAAAAUAGCUACCAGGGAGAUAGACUUGGAGGCUCCGGCAGUUCUUGAAUCCGAAGUGGAUGCAUCUCCUAAAGAACUCGACUCAAGGGAAAUAGACGUGUCACAAGUAAACUCCGGAUCACCUUACAAAGAAUGUGACAAAAUUGCAGCAGAGGCCAUGAUUGCUAUCUCAUCAUCUGUGGAAGAGAAACUGGUUGAUGAUGAUUCCUUCUCUAGUCUAAAAUGGUUUGCAGAAGUUGUUUCGUUGGAACAAGGUGCUGCUGCAAGCGUUGCAAUGAAUCAGAGGCGGGCCGGUGAGGUUGAAGAAUCGAUUCCUGAUGGCAUGGACUACUUCGAAUUCAUGACACUAAAGUUGGAAGACUCCAAGGAGGAGCACCAUCAAUACGAGCCAUUCGUGUUGAAGGCUCCGAGUGAUGAUGAGGCCGGAGCUGCGCUGACCAGAAGGACUCGGAGAGGGCAGUCGAGAAGGGGGAGGCAACGGAGAGACUUCCAGAGGGACAUCCUCCCCGGUCUAGUCACACUGUCGCGCCUUCAAGUGACGGAGGAUUUUCAGGCGUUCGAGGAGUUGCUGAAGGCCGGAGGUGCUACCUUGCAGUCGAGGCCGUCGCACCGGGGAUCCACGAGGAACGGGAGGGGGAGGAAGCGUUUGGCUACGUCUCCGACAGUGAAAACACCUUGCUCGACGCAAGCAGAGCAGCCGGUUUGUCAGAUCGAGGAGAGGAGUUUAGCCGGAUGGGGAAAGAAGACACGGCGUCUGCCUAGGCAGCGAUGUCCUAACGCGUUCCUCUCUUUUCCGGUGAAAUGUUGACUGGGGCCGUCUCUCGAUGAGUUCGCCCUUGUGCCUAGCUCUGCUACCAAUUUGUGUAUAUAACUAUAGAGGUAAUAUUGUUCAGGUAUUGGCCAUUUGCUUUGGUAAGAGAAGCACUUCAUUGUUGAUUUAAUGUACACUCAAAUCACAACAUUGAUGAGAAUGCAGACCAUUUUUUAUGACUA